AUGGCUCCAAAAGUUGCAAUUAUCAUCUACUCCUUAUACCACCACGUCGCUCAAUUAGCUGAAGAAGAAAAGAAAGGUAUUGAAGCUGCCGGUGGUCAAGCUGACAUCUACCAAGUCCCAGAAACUUUAUCAGAAGAAGUUUUGACUAAGAUGCACGCUCCAGCUAAACCAGACUACCCAAUUGCUUCUGCUGAAACUUUAACUCAAUACGAUGCUUUCUUGUUUGGUAUCCCAACUAGAUUCGGUAACUUCCCAGCUCAAUUCAAAGCUUUCUGGGACACCACUGGUGGUUUGUGGGCUCAAGGUGCUUUACACGGUAAAUACGCUGGUGUUUUCGUUUCUACCGGUACCCAAGGUGGUGGUCAAGAAACCACUGUUGUCAACUCUUUGAGUGUCCUUGUUCACCAUGGUAUUAUUUUCGUUCCAUUGGGUUACGCUAAAGCUUUCGCUUUACAAUCCAACUUGGAAGAAAUCCACGGUGCUUCAGCUUAUGGUGCUGGUACUUUUGCUGGCGCUGAUGGUUCCAGACAACCAACUCAAAUUGAAAAAGAAAUUGCUUUCGCCCAAGGUAAAGCUUUCUUUGAAACUGUCUCUAAAUAA